AUGUCUCCGGAAGCCACUCCCCAUACACCUCCACAGGGCCUAGAUGCGGACUCUAGCUUGAAGAACCGGAAGAGUCGGCGCGACAAGCCUCGUCUAGAGCUCGCGCCAGAUCAACCUCUUACAACUCAAGGGCGACCCCGAGCACGGGUGUACGUGGCUUGCGUACAAUGUCGCUCUCGGAAAAUCCGAUGUGAUGGCGCAAAGCCUGCCUGUCAUAACUGCAUUCGACGUUCCAAGGCGACUGAUACAUGCUCCUAUGAUGCAGUUCCAAAACGUCGUGGGCCUGAUAAGGUUCCUGGGGCGAGACAGCGUAUGUCGCGGGGUGUCAGGGCUGACAGCGAAUCUGAUGUCGUUGCAGCCCGCCGCCGGAGGCGUAAGAGGCAUGACGAAGGGGAAAGUACAGGGUCUGGGGCUACGGAGGCAACAGUUGAAGGAGGCCUCAACCUUUCUGACCCCCUUAUGUCUGUCCUGGGCCCUCCUUUGGUUGGCAGUUCGCUCUCAGAUCAACCUCAGUUUUCUGACGAGAUUUCGAUUACCCCCUCCACCUUUCAAGGCGACUCCUUACCCCCGCUAGACCCGAUCGCCAUCUCAUCCUCAGCUACCAACUUAACUCAGGGGACACUAGCUGAUGUGCAGCAUCCUCACGUAAGCGUUGUUGAUGCUUACAUCACCCAGCUUCCAGACGAUGAUGAUGAAAGUGUGGACGAGAACAUUGUCAAUAUUACCGCCGAGCCAUCUCUUGACUUUACCCGCAAGACGUGGUGGGACUCUUUGCUUGCCUUGUACUCUUCGCCGAACGCUUUCCAUCUUCCUACCCUUAACCAGUCAGAACGUAACGACGCUAUGAAUCUGGUUACGAAUGACAUCCGUUUCUUGUUUCGUUCAACGAACUAUUGGUUCUCCUUCUUCCAUGUUCCCCACUUCCUAUCGUCAUACUUUGAUCCCGAGAAGCGGGAACGAAUGCAGCCUGCUCUGUUGCCUGCUAUGCUUAUGAUGGCUACGUUCUUGCAAAGCUCAGAGGCAGGUCUCGGAAAAAUAGGAAGGGCGAAAGCGUUUCGCCUUCGGGAUAUUGCUCAAGGUGCUCUGGAAGCUAGUUUCAAUGCUAGAUGGAUCGACGAAACUUUAGCUCAAGCUGCUUGGCUCUUGGCCAUGUUCGAAGUUUGCGCAGAUCCAUUUGAUGGUAAAACUCGGUCGGCGUCUGGAGUAAUGAUGCUUGAUACAAUCAUGCGCGCCCUUUCCUUGACUUUCUUAGACGUUGAUGAUCCGAAGACGUCGAAAUUCGCACCACGUUCAGUGCCAUCCGUUCCGACCACACACGACGCGUUGAUAGGCAUGCACUCUAUGGAAGCCUCUUUGCAGUCCAUGUCUGUUUAUCCCAUUGUAGGUGCGACCCAGACGUAUCACAGCAUGGGUUGCUCCUGCGCAUCCAUGUCUCUUGGCGAGCGUUGGCCUGGUUCUCACGAGUAUGCACCACUUUGGGUUUCGGCACCUGCAUGGGACGACACAUCCACCGAAAUUGAGCUACGGAAGGAAGUCUGCCGACGCGUAUGCUGGAGCUCACUUAUGCUUGCUGCCGGUCUUACGUCGUACAUAGCUUCAUCCAAUGGUGUACCUCCCGAUCUCUACCUAUCUGAGCCAUCUAAUUUUGCUCUGCUCUUUCCCGGGGAGACACCUAGCAAUAGCAGUUCGCUGUCGAUGGCUCUCACGUCGACGACCUCGGCCAAGGACAGUAUCUGGGCACUGAUUUAUCGUGCAAUGCUGCUGUGGCACAGCUGUCUUCGCGUGCGCCACAAUCCUAAUGUUUCAGACAAGGAGGCGGCGCAGUUUGGAGUAAACGCAUGGUUAGAGGCAGACGCUAUCGAACGAGCGUUGGAUGCGCAUACGUGUGGGAUGGAAAGGACGUUCUUGUUCCAAGGGCACGAGUACCUGUUCAAUGUGCGGACAUGCAUUGCGCAGGAAUUUCACAAAUUCAUUCCACCUAACGCCAUCCUCUCGACUGGGCUGUUCCAUCGGAAGAAAGCAGAAGAGUGGCUAUCUCACCAAGCGAAUCUCGCUCGGAGAGUGGUCGAUUCAAUGCAUACGUUGACCGGCCAAGCCACAAGCAAUCUCCACCUACGACCGUUCUUCAUCUUUUGGUUCAUGAGCCAAAUUGGGCGCUCGCUAAAUCUCUGGUAUCGAGAUCAGUCCCUGACUCUUGCUCUAGAUGUUGCGAUCGCGUUCCUUCAGCCGAUCGAUUAUCUGAAUGCUUUGUGGCCCCAUGAAGAGCAACGCCGUAAAUGUGAGAAGCUACGAAAUGAACUUGCCCAGUGUUGUGCGAUUGCGGGGCGGCCCCCGCCGCCGCAAUCGCCCUUCGACGCCACCACAAUGCGGCCUUCGACAAGCACUCUCUAA